CACUUUCCCUCCUCUGGUUUGCUCUUGGGCUGGUGUUUCAUAACCUUUAUCUUUUAUAUUUGUCCACGCCUGAGGCUGACUCCAGUCUUUUGUUUAAUUGAUUUUUUUUUCCUUUCCUUUCUUUCGAACUUCCUUACGGUGGAAGUCAACUUCCUCCAUAUACUUACAGCAACCGUUCAACCCUAUACCUGAACGAUAAUCAUAAUAACCUGCCUCUCUCGACUCUCUGAACUACGAUUUCCUCUCCGCCCCGCCAAUCCCUUCUCGCGUGCGGGGUCUCAUCGGCGUCUGGCCUACUGCGUUAGCUCGCCGCACAUUUAAUUUUUCGUGACUUAAAGCGGUCAUUCCAUUCAGGCACAAUGAGUUUCACUAAUAUGCUCAACAAGCUGUCGGGACAGCCCGAGAGUUAUGAGAAAAAACAACUGUAUAAAUUUGGGAGAACACUUGGUGCUGGAACGUACGGUAUUGUCCGUGAGGCAGAUUGCAGCCGUGGGAAAGUCGCCGUUAAAAUCAUCCUGAAAAAAAAUGUCCGGGGCAACGAGCAGAUGGUUUACGAUGAGUUGGAGAUGUUGCAAGCCCUCGAUCACCCAAAUAUUGUCCAUUUUGUCGACUGGUUCGAAUCUAAGGACAAAUUCUACAUUGUCACUCAACUAGCCACCGGCGGUGAACUGUUUGAUAGAAUUUGCGACUACGGAAAGUUUACAGAGAAGGAUGCCUCUCAAACUAUUCGGCAAGUGCUGGACGCAGUCAAUUAUCUGCAUGAACGGAAUAUUGUCCACCGAGACUUGAAACCGGAAAACUUGCUUUACCUAACCCGUGACCCAUCCUCGCCUUUGGUUUUAGCCGAUUUUGGCAUUGCCAAGAUGUUGGACAGUCCUAGUGAAGUAUUGACUAGCAUGGCUGGAUCUUUCGGUUAUGCCGCACCCGAAGUUAUGCUCAAACAAGGCCACGGUAAGGCCGUCGAUAUGUGGUCUCUGGGUGUCAUCACAUACACCCUGCUGUGUGGCUAUUCGCCCUUCCGGUCCGAGAGCCUGUCCGAUCUGAUCGAAGAAUGCCGUAGUGGCCGCAUUAUCUUCCAUGAACGCUACUGGCGUGACGUCUCACAGGAUGCCAAGGAUUUCAUCCUUACGAUGCUCCAGCCGGAUCCAUCAAAGCGUGUCACAUCCGAGGAAGCCCUCAAACAUUCCUGGUUGAAGGGCGAAUCUGCUAGCGACCGUGACUUGCUGCCUGAAAUCCGCGCCUAUAUCGCCAAGUCUCGCCUCAGGAGAGGUAUUGAGAUCAUCAAACUGGCCAACCGCAUCGAGGCACUUAAGAUGCAGGAGGAGGAUGAGGAUGACAUCCCUAGUCCUGCUGACAUGGCAGCUUCUGCUGAGGAGUCUGGCAAAUCUGGAUCUGCCCCAGCCGAGUCGUCAGCUAAUGGUGAGGGUGAGGCUGGUACAACAAAGAAGCGGAGUUUGAGCAAGGUCGCACGCGGAGCUAUCUUCCGCGAAGUUGUUCUUGCCAAGGUUCGUGAGCAGAAGGACACCGAAGAACGCGAGAGGCUCGAACGUGAGGCCCGAGAGAAAAAUGCCCAUGCUUGAUUUCUGUUAUGCUAUGGCGUUCAAAGUGAGAGCUCGUUCAUCCUUUCUUGACCAGUUUCGAGGUCCAGACGCAUCAUCUGAGUUGCUUUGUGAAUAUUAACCUCAUGAUUCCCCAUCCAUAAUUCGAAUGGUGUAUACAGUAACUAUUGUUAUUCUUGAGAACUUUCGGUACUUGUUCUUCCAACCCUUUUUGUCUUUCGGCUUGACUGUCUCUCUCUACCUUCGUGUCCAUACCAUCAACAGUUUUCAUUCUUCUUCCAGUAUUCAAUAUUAGAUAUACUAGCA